CAGCAAUUCUUUUCUGCAGCAAGUUUCUGUUUGACAAAGUCAUGCUCAUCUUCAUUGUUUUGUCGUUUUUUAGGUCUACACUUCACCAGUAAAGCCAGUAGACUAUAAAAAUUGCACCCAGCUCAUUUUAUUGAAGCUAACUCACCAUAUGCAUUUUCAGAGAAGAUCAACAAUAAUGUCAAAAUUCCACAUUUUCAUCUAAUUUUGAAAGACUUCAGACGUUUCUGUUUCCGUGCAACGUAGAAAGAGAUAUGAUCGCGCAAGACAAGUCGAUGAAGAAGCUACUUGAGCUAAGCACAAUGAGGACUCUCACUCUAGUUACUUGUUUGGUAGUUUUUCCACUUGCAAUCAUGCUUUCAUUGAAUCAUCAAAAUGACAUGUUCGAUCUAAUUGGGAAAGUCAAGGUCCUUGGAGAAAAAGCCUUCAAUGUUACUCAAUUUGGUGGAGAACAGGAUUCUCCUCAACCUGACCGAGAUGUUCUGCUUGGCGGACUAUUAGCUUCAGGAUUUGAUCAGGAAUCAUGUUUAAGUCGAUACCAAUCCGUUCUAUACCGAAAACCUUCUACGAAAAUUCCGUCUUCUUACCUAAUCUCGAAACUUCGUAAUUACGAAAAACUUCACAAGAAAUGUGAACCUUAUUCGGAAUCUUACAACAGAACAAUUAAAAUACUUGGUUCCAAGAACAUUUCAGGUCCUACAGAAUGUAAUUACAUGGUAUGGACUGCUCAAGAAGGCUUGGGGAACAGAAUAUUAUCCAUAACUUCAGCAUUUCUCUACUCUCUUAUAACUAAUAGAGUUUUACUUGUUGAAUUUUAUCCUGACAUGAUGGAUCUCUUUUGCGAGCCGAUUCUGAAUUCGACAUGGUUAUUGCCUGAAGACUUUCCGAAUGAGUUCAGAUGGUCGAAAAAUCGUCCAACUUUCGGAAAUUUGAUGAGAAGCAAUGUUAUUAAUGCAACCACAGAGUUUCCACCUUCAGAAUUGUUUAUUUACAUUGCAUCCCGCCUUGAUUUUUUUGAUUUACUUAUUUAUUGUGAAGAAAAUCAUGUUCUUCUUCUUCAAAAAGUGCCUUGGUUGUUCUUGAAAUCGGACGAAUAUUUCCUCCCGUCGUUCUUUUUAAUGUCGAAUUUCCGGGAAGAUCUUGACAUGAUGUUUCCUGACAAGGAGUCUGUUUUUCAUCACUUGGGUAGGUAUCUUUUUCACCCUUCAAAUAAAGCUUGGGGACUAAUCACAAGAUUCUACGACUCGUAUUUAGCCACAGCAGAGGAAUUACUUGCAAUACAAGUAAGAGUAUUUAAACCUAAAUCUAACCCAUUUGACAAGUUGAUGGAUCAGAUUUUAGCCUGCACAUCUCAAGAAAAUUUACUACCAGAAAUAGACAAAAACAAACUGAUAAAAUCUUCUAAUCCCUCGAAAAACCGAACAUCAAAGGCGAUUUUGAUAGCAUCAUUAUAUACAAAAUUUUCUGAAAAUAUAACAAAUAUGUAUUGGACAUUUCCAACUAAAAAAGGUGAAUUAAUAUCUGUUUAUCAGCCAAGUCAUGAAGGAUCCCAACAUUUUGGGGAUAAUGUGCAUAAUAUGAAGGCAUGGGUUGAGAUGAAUUUAUUAAGUUUUAGUAAUGUGUUGGUGACUAGCUCAGGGUCAACUUUUGGCUAUGUGGCUCAAGGAUUUGCUGGUUUGAGACCAUGGGUUCUGACCAGGCCUGAGAAUUGGAAUACAUCUGAGCCGGCUUGUCGGGUCGGCGUUUCGGUGGAACCUUGUCUUCAUAUACCACCCUCUUACGAUUGCAAGGCAGAGAAAAAUGCUGAUAUGGGUGAAAUUGUUUCUUAUGUUAAGCAUUGUGAUGAUUUACCUUCAGGAUUGAAGCUUGUAAGCAAUUAAUUGGUUCUUUGUUUAUUUGUAUGUUUCUGAUGUUUAUUGAAUGACAAAAGGGUCAUUUUGAUCCAUAUAUUUGUGUAGCAGAAUC